AUGCAGGCCUUGGGGCUCCCGUCGGUGGCGAUCACGGGCGAGCCGCCCACGAUCUUUGCCCUGGCGAGCUCGGAGUUCCAGCCCGGAUCCCUUGAGAGGACCGGCGCUAAGGUGAUCGUGCGUCACCCUGGCUACCGUAUGAUCCUUCUGGAGGACAUCGGUUGGCAGAAGCAAAUCUCUAAAGAGAUUGCUAAGAUCCGUCCCGACCUCCUGCUGUUGGUGUACAGUUUGGAAGACCAGGUAGGUCUCACCCCGCAGGUACAAACCUGGCUCCAGUCCCUCUCCGCGUACACAAAAGAAGUGCUUGUUCUCGACAGCCUAGGCAGCGUUAGGUGGAACCUGUGGUUCGAGAACAGUGUCGAGGGUACUGAGAGAGAGUUUCAGUUGUUUCAGUGUAGGGGUGACCUGUGUGUAGGGACGUUUUCGCAGGCGAUAGGUGAAGUCAUGUCUAGUUGGGCGAACUGUGACCAUGACAUACACUACUCACCUGUGAGCAUCGACACAGUAGGCACGCAAGUUGGUUUUGCCGAAACCUUGUUGCUUGUGUUGCAAGAGGGCUGUGUAGAGGACCACGUUGCUGAAGCGUUUCCUGUUGAGGCAAGGCAGGAUGAGGUCGAGCAAUCUGGUACUCUAGAUGCUAUAGUGGAUCUUAGAGACAACAGGACCACUUUUAUGGAUGAUCUGGAAAUCGCCGAAGAAGCAGACAUCUUAGACACGUUGCCUCUAGCAGAGUUUCCGAAGGAAGAGUCUGAAAGGAGGAACGCGUGGUCUAAGGUGCCAAGGCGUGUUCGCUUGGGGAUCAGGAGGUUGCACACCAUGAUGAACCACAAGCCUAAGGAGGUGCUAGUGCAGGUACUCCGUGGGGCAGGUGCUUCUGAAGAGUUGGUGAAUGCAGCUAAGAUCUUCAAGUGUGAGUCUUGCAGGGUUAGCGAAGAGAAGGUUCGCACACACCCUGUGUCAGCUCCACCACCUUACGAGUUCAACCACACAGUUUCGGUGGACGUGCUGGAGACUGCAGACUCAACAGGCGCAAAGUUUAGCUGGCUGAACAUUAUAGAUGUCGGCACAAGCUAUCAAGUUGUGACCUUGGUCCGCGUGGUUUCCCACGGCCGUGGUUUACACAACCGGGGCGCUUUCGCUCACGGCUUGGGUAGCCAUGGAGUCCAGAUCCGCCAAGCCGGACUGGAAUCGCCUGAGCACAUAGGAAAGUGCGAAAGGCAUGGAGGCAUCAUAAAGCGAGCCUUCAAGCGUUUGGUCAAGGACCACAACGUUGUGGGCAAAGAUGAUGUCAAGGUGGCGAUGCUCGAGGCGCAGGUCGCAAAGAACGAGUUCAUGCGUGUUGGAGGCUUCAGCCCCACCCAGUGGGUGCUUGGACGCCUGCCCAGAGGAGUGGGCCACGUUUUGGACGAGGAAGAGCUAGGACAGCUUGGAGUCUUGUCGAGCAGGUUAGAUAUCACGACUGCGUUCGGCCGCCAGGCCGAAUUCCGCCACACUGCCAGAAAGGCAUUCGUCCAUGAGGACUGCAGUCGCAGGGUACGAAAGACCGUUUUGCGAAAAGCGGCCCCCCUGCCGGGGAAAUACCAAGCUGGCGACCUAGUUUGCUAUAGGAUCGCGCGAGAUGAGCACUCAGGGCGUGGCAACAUACAGUACGAGCACGCGGAGGUUGAGCGCGAGCAGCAAAGGUACAUUGAUGCCACCGGGGAUGAUCUAGUACUAGACGACCCAGAAGAGCCACCGGACGGAGGAAUUGGGAUAGGUACUCCGAUCCAAAUGGAUGCCGAAGCAGAUCCUCCAGAGACUGCGGCCGCUGCCCCAGAACGAGCUGUUCGAAGGAGAGUUGGAGCAACACGUGAAGAGUCACGGGCCGUGACUGUGGAGGAGCCAGAGGACGAACAGGUGGACCCUUCAGGAGGGAUCCAAGAGCCGAUGGCUGAGGACACGGCGGUGGACGCCGAUGGUGAGGCCGAGGCCACGGAAGGCAGCUCAGCGCUUCUUCUGAGGGCUUACGCUAGCCACUUCUGGACGAAAGAGGAAAGAACCGUUUGGAACUCACUUUUCGGGGAGAAGGAGUACGAGGCCUUACGGGUUUUCUUCGCAGACCGCGUCGAGGACGACAAGAAGGUGACGCAGUGGCGCAAGCGCCGCAAGAACUUUACGUCCAAGAAGCAGAAGGAGAAGCACGGGAAGAUCCUAAUGUACCACAAGUGCCCUGAGGAUGUCCAGAAGGAGUUGGACAAAAGUAGAGCAAAGGAAUGGGCAAAGUGGCAGGACUUCAGUGCUGCGAUCAUUCUUGAUGACGCUCAGUAUGAUGAGUUGAUCCGUGAAGGACAUCAAGUCAUACCUACCCAAUGGGUAGAGCUGGACAAGAACCACAACAAGAGGUUACUUGAUCCUACCGUGGAGGCCAACUACAAGAGUAGAUUGGUUGUUCGGGGUGAUCUUGAGAAGGGUGAUCCUAGGAGUGAUAGCCCUACUGCUAGCAUAGAAGCUCAGAACUUAGUGUUUUCGUUUGCGGCUUCUAGGAAGGUCAAGAUUAAGUCCCUGGACGUGACCAACGCCUAUUUUCAAGGCGAGGAGAUAGAUAGAGUACUUCUACUAUCUCAGCCCAAGGGAGGACUCCCUGGGCUCAAGCCUCACCAGCACAUGCUGGCGAGAGCACCCAUCUAUGGCAGCACCGAUGGUGGUAGACGGUUUUGGAAGCGGCUUAGGAAUUACCUUAAGGGUAAGGGACUUCGCGAGAACCGCAUCUACCGCGCGUUGUACAGUUACACCGACGCCGAUGGGGUUGUACAGUUGCUCUUGACGUCCCACGUAGACGAUCUAUUGUGGGCUUGUGAUCCGUCAUGUGAUUGGAUCAUGAACGAUCUUUUUGAGACGUUCAAAUGUGGAAAGGUCGAGACCGGGAGCUUCAGGUACUGCGGGAAGGAGAUAAGCCAAGACGAGGAUUUCAAUAUCCAUGUGACCUGCAGCGAGACAACGAGGAACGUGAACAAGAUUCACGUUGACAAGAGGAGGCACCCGGGAGAUCCCUUAAUGGACUUUGACAAGACGCAGAUGAAGAGCGUCGCUGGGUCCCUUGCUUGGGUUUGCAGACAAUGCCGACCCGACUUGAGCUAUAGGGUAUCCAAGAUCCAGUCGGCUUCUAGCAAUGGUACCGUCGCUGACAUCAGAGAUGCCAACAAAGCGGUCGAGUACGCUAUUAGCACCUACGACAGAGGACUUGUUUUCAAGUCUGGGCUGUUGGACUGGAAGACACCAGGUGCUCUUUUGAGUCUGGUGAUCACGGACGCUUCUCACGCGAAUGAGUCCGAAGAGAUGAUCAUAAAUGAGAUGACAUCUGUGGAAGGACACCGGAGCCAAGGUGCAAGGAUGGUGUUUCUUACGAACGGCGCCCUGUGGAAAGGGAACAGGGGUAGCAUUCAUCCCAUCUUGUGGGCGAGCAACCUCGUUCGGAGGGUAUGUCGCUCCACCAUACAGGCGGAGGCCUACACACUUCAGGCAGGUGUGGAGGACGGUGACGUGCUGAGAGCAGCUGUCACUGACAUCUUCGGAUGCCUCGAUAUGAAAAGGUGGGAGGCUACGUCGGCCAAGUUUGUGAAACAGAUCUGGAUGACAGACUGUAAGAGUCUGGAGCUGACGCGAUCGAAUCCGAAAUGCAAUAAGCAUUCGGACAAGAGAUUGAGCAUCGAGAUCGCGUCCCUCAGACAGGAGCUAUGGCGCAAAGCUGGCGAGAAAGCAGGAGAUCCGUUUUACGACGACUACAAGCCAGCGGAUGAUCAGUUAACUGACAUCGUCAGAUGGAUUGACACUGACGUGAUGAUCGCUGAUCCGUUGACGAAGGUCAUGGAGCCGGUCAAGUUGGUUGAAGCCCUGAAGACCAACACACUCGACGUAGAGCAGCCGCUCGAGAGUGUCGUUAAGAAGCGCGCCAAGCAGCUUCAGAGGAGGUCGACGAAGAAGGAAGAGGACAACGAGCAAGACCGUUGA